UACCAGCCUCCGCCUUCGGAGGCUGACGCGCCCCGGCGCCGUUCCAGGUCUGUGCGGGGCGGAUCGGCAGCCGCCUGGCGGCGAUCCAGGCCGGCGCGGGGCCUGGGCGGGAGCCGGGAGGCGCGGCCGGCAUGGAGGCGCUGCUGCUGGGCACGGGGUUGCUGCUGGGCGCUUACGUGCUUGUCUACUACAACCUGGUGAAGGCCCCGCCGUGCGGCGGCAUCGGCAACCUGCGGGGCCGCACGGCCGUGGUCACUGGCGCUAACAGCGGCAUCGGGAAGAUGACGGCGCUGGAGCUGGCGCGCCGGGGAGCGCGCGUGGUGCUGGCCUGCCGCAGCCGGGAGCGCGGGGAGGCGGCUGCCUUCGACCUCCGCCAGGAGAGUGGGAACAAUGAGGUCAUCUUCAUGGCCUUGGACUUGGCCAAUCUGGCCUCGGUGCGGGCCUUUGCCACUGCCUUCCUGAGCUCUGAGCCACGGUUGGACAUCCUCAUCCACAAUGCCGGGAUCAGUUCCUGUGGCCGGACCCGCGAGGCGUUUAACCUGCUGCUUCGGGUGAACCACAUCGGUCCCUUUCUGCUGACACAUCUGCUGCUGCCUUGCCUGAAGGCAUGUGCCCCUAGCCGCGUGGUGGUGGUAGCCUCAGCUGCCCACUGUCGGGGACGUCUCGACUUCAAACGCCUGGACCGCCCAGUGGUGGGCUGGCGGCAGGAGCUGCGGGCAUAUGCUGACACUAAGCUGGCUAAUGUACUGUUUGCCCGGGAGCUUGCCAACCAGCUUGAGGGCACUGGCAUCACCUGCUAUGCAGCGCACCCAGGGCCUGUGAACUCGGAGCUGUUCCUGCGCCAUGUUCCUGGAUGGCUGCGCCCACUUUUGCGCCCAUUGGCUUGGCUGGUGCUCCGGGCACCAAGAGGGGGUGCCCAGACACCCCUGUAUUGUGCUCUACAAGAGGGCAUCGAGCCCCUCAGUGGGAGAUAUUUUGCCAACUGCCAUGUGGAAGAGGUGCCUCCAGCUGCCCGAGAUGACCGGGCAGCCCAUCGGCUAUGGGAGGCCAGCAAGAGGCUGGCGGGGCUUGGGCCUGGGGAGGAUGCUGAACCCGAUGAAGACUCCCAGUCUGAGGACUCAGGGCCCCCAUCUUCUCUGAGCACCACCCACCCUGAGGAGCCCACAGUUUCUCAACCUUACCCCAGCCCUCAGAGCUCACCAGAUUUGUCUAAGAUGACUCACCGAAUUCAGGCUAAAGUUGAGCCUGAGACCCAGCUCUCCUAACCCUCAGGCCAGGAUGCUUUCCAUGGCACUUCAUGGCCCUUGAAAACCUCGGAUGUGGCCGGGCGCGGUGGCUCAAGCCUGUAAUCCCAGCACUUUGGGAGGCCGAGACGGGCGGAUCACGAGGUCAG